AUGGAAAAUCCAAAAUUAUUCUACAGCUACAAAAGAAGCAGCACAAGAAACAGAGAUCCAAUCCCCCUCCUGAAGACAAGCGGAGACGUAGAGAUUAGUGAGGAUGGAGAAAAAGCUGAGCACUUUUCACAAUUUUUUAAAUCGAUCUUUACUAGUGAAAGUCCAUUUACUCCUCCCGACUACGACUUCGAUGAGGGUCCAAAAAUUGAGUCUGUAUCUUUUGAUGAAGCGACGGUUCGCAAAGAGCUAAUGACUCUGAAUGAGUCAAAAUCACCAGGUCCAGACGACAUACCGCCUAAGUUACUGAAGGAGCUCGCUGCCGAACUAGCCAAACCAUUGUCCAUGCUUUUCCAAGCCUCGUUCGAAGCCGGCUGCUUGCCCGCCGACUGGAAAUCUGCGCGGAUCACACCACUGCAUAAAGGAGGCAGCAAGGCCUCUGCAAACAAUUACAGGCCAAUUAGCCUCACCUCCAUCUGCUGCAAACUCAUGGAGAAAAUAAUCAAGCGAGAGCUGAUGCGCUUCCUAGUGCAGCAUAAUUUAUUAUCUGUUGCGCAGCAUGGGUUUCGUAGUGGCAGGUCUUGCGUGACUAACUUGCUCAACUGUUUGGAACGCUGGACUCGGUCAGUUGAUGAAGGCAAUGCGCUGCAUGUCGUCUAUAUCGACUUUAAAAAGGCAUUUGAUAGUGUCCCACAUCAACGACUCCUGCACAAACUGAGCCGAACAGGCGUUAGGGGUAACCUCUUAAAAUGGAUUCAAAGCUUCCUAUUAGAGCGUUGUCAAACUGUCCAUGUCGGUGGCCAGAAGUCGACGGAGGUUGCCGUUGAAAGCGGUGUUCCCCAAGGCUCAGUUCUUGGUCCUACUUUGUUCAUCAUUUACGUCAACGAUUGCGUAAGUGGACUGGAUUGUGGUGUCGCCAUGUUUGCGGAUGACAUUAAGCUCUGGAGCGUCAUUCGAACUGCAGAUGACGAAGAGCAUCUGCAGGCGAACCUAAACCGACUCCAACAGUGGUCAAAGGCCUGGCUUCUGCCGUUCAACGAGAAAAAGUGCAAUAUUCUAAGAGUCGGCAGAGCUCGCUCUCCGAACCAUAUGACCUACUGCCUAAACGGUAUACCACUGCAAGUAGUGGACUCGCAGAAGGACUUGGGAGUAUGGAUUACGACCUCGCUCAAACCCUCGCUGCACUGCACGAAGAUAGCCAAGUCUGCAAUGUCAGUCCUCUACCUUGUCAAGCGGGCUUUCUCUGCCUUUGACGAAGACUGCUUCGCUAAAGUCUUUCGAACUUUUGUGCGUCCGCAACUAGAAUUUGCUAUCCAAGCUUGGAGACCCUGGACCGCGAAGGACCUCAGCAUCCUUGAAAGGGUUCAAAGGCGUGCAACGAAACUUGUGGCAGGACAGGGUUCACUACCAUAUGCAACGCGGUUAGCUAACCUUGAUCUUUUUACCUUGAGUUACAGGCAGUUACGGGGUGACCUGAUACAAGCCUUCCGUAUCAUACGCGAUCAAGACUGCAGCCUCGUACCGGGGGACUUCUUCGAGUUAGCAACCACCACAAAUCUACGAGGCCAUCCAUUCAAACUACGUGUGACAGGGGCCAGACUGAACACACGAAAGUUCUUCUUCUCCAACAGAGUGCUAGAAGCCUGGAAUGCCCUGCCUGUGGAUGUCGUUAUGUCUGCUUCCGUCGAGGUUUUUAAGAGGAAGCUGGAUUUGUGUAGCAGUGUCCACUAA